CUGGGCGGCCCCUUCCUCUCCUCAUGAACAGGCCCCUUCUUAUUAGUAAGAAGCUCAGUAAUGCUGGGGCUCCCCUCUGUCAGCAGUGACAUCAGAGGGGUGGAUCAGAGAACAGGAUCCUGGCAGUCGGGCUACACUCCUUCCAUCCCCCUGCAGCAGGGACAUGGAGCAGACAGAGGCAUAGUCUGUGCAGACCUGAGGAUUACACAGUAGUGAAGACAUCCAGUGAGUGUAAGACAUCCAUCAGCUGUCCACUUGUGUCAGGAGGACUGAGCAGGACUCAGAGCCCCAUCACAGUGCCUCCUCCUUACUCGCAGAUGCAUGAGAGACACAAUGACCAGAAGAUCCUGGAAAUCACCAACAAGAUCAUUCAGCUGCUGACUGGAGAGGAGGGGGGAGUAUAUAGAGGAACACAGUGGUCUGUACAAGGACGUGAUGAUGGAGAAUCACCGGCCCCUCACAUCACUGGAUGGACCCAGUAACAGAGAUACCCCAGAGAGAUGUCCCCGUCCUCUGUAUUCCCAGUAUUGUACAGAGGAGACUCACAGGGCCCCACAGGAGGAUCAGGUAGAAGAUCUGUCAUAUAUGAAGGCAGAAGAUAUAGAGGGAGAAGAAGAAAUGUAUGUGACUGAUAUAAAGGCAGAAGAUAUAGAGGAAGAAGAAGAGACGUAUGUGACUGAUAUAAAGACAGAAGAUAUAAAGAGAGAAGAAGAGACAUAUGUGACUGAUAUGAAGGCAGAAGAUAUAGAGGGAGAAGAAGAGAUGUAUGUGACUGAUAUAAAGGCAGAAGAUAAAAGGAGAGAAGAAGAGACGUAUGUGACUGAUAUAAAGGCAGAAGAUACAGAGGGAGAAGAAGAGACGUAUGUGACUGAUAUAAAGGCAGAAGAUACAGAGGGAGAAGAAGAGACGUAUGUGACUGAUAUAAAGGCAGAAGAUAUAGAGAAAGAAGAAGAGACGUAUGUGACUGAUAUAAAGGCAGAAGAUAUAGAGGGAGAAGAAGAGACGUAUGUGACUGAUAUAAAGACAGAAGAUAUUGAGGGAGAAGAAGAGACGUAUGUGACUGAUAUGAAGGCAGAAGAUAAAGAGGGAGAAGAAGAGACGUAUGUGAGGGGUGAUCAGCAGUGUAAGGAGGAGGAAAUCCCUACAGAUAUCAGCACAGCAGAUGGACACACAAGCAGGAACAUCUCAGAAGGACAUCUAAUGUUAUCCCCGGAUUGUGAAAUAAAAGAUAAUGACAGUAGACAGGAUUCUCCAGGAACUAACCCCAUUAUCCUAAUUAUACAUCCAGCUCUAUCAGCUGAUCCCCCUGAUCCUGGGAAAUGUUCUCCUGAUCACUCUGAUAUUGGUGCAUCUGUUACAGCUCUGACAGUAGACACAGCGUUUCCCUGUUCUAUAGAUGCCAAAUGUUUUACACAGAACACAAAGGCUCUUAACCCACAGACAGGUAAGGCAGGUGAGAGUCCAUUUCUAUGUUCCGAGUGUGGGAAAUGUUUUACAUACAAAUCGUAUCUUCUUAGACAUCAGAGCAGCCACACAGGUGAGAGGCCAUUUCCAUGUUCUGAGUGUGGGAAAUGUUUUGCACAUAAAUCAGAUCUUGUUACACAUCAGAGAUGUCACACAGGUGAGAAACCAUUUUCAUGUUCUGAGUGUGGGAAAUGUUUUACAUACAAAUCAGCUCUUGUUAUACAUCAGAGACGUCACACAGGUGAGAGGCCAUUUUCUUGCUCUGAGUGCGAGAAAUGUUUUAUCCAGAAAUCACAUCUUGUUAUACAUCAAAGAAGUCACACAGGUGAGAAUCUAUUUCCAUGUUCUGAGUGUGGGAAAUGUUUUGCACACAAAUCAAGUCUUGUUACACAUCAGAGAAGUCACACAGGUGAGAAACCAUUUCCAUGUUCUGAGUGUGGGAAAUGUUUUACACUGAAAUCACAUCUUGUUAAACAUCAGAGAUGUCACACAGGUGAGAGGCCAUUUUCUUGCUCUGAGUGCGAGAAAUGUUUUAUCCAGAAAUCACAUCUUGUUAUACAUCAAAGAAGUCACACAGGUGAGAAUCUAUUUCCAUGUUCUGAGUGUGGGAAAUGUUUUGCACACAAAUCAAGUCUUGUUACACAUCAGAGAAGUCACACAGGUGAGAAACCAUUUCCAUGUUCUGAGUGUGGGAAAUGUUUUACAUACAAAUCAGCUCUUGUUAUACAUCAGCGAAGUCACAAAGGUGAGAGGCCAUUUCCAUGUUCUGAGUGUGGGAAAUGUUUUGCACAUAAAUCAGAUCUUGUUACACAUCGGAUAAGUCACUCAGGUGAGAAACCAUUUCCAUGUUCUGAGUGUGGGAAAUGUUUUACACUGAAAUCACAUCUUGUUAAACAUCAGAGAUGUCACACAGGUGAGAGGCCAUUUUCUUGCUCUGAGUGCGAGAAAUGUUUUAUCCAGAAAUCACAUCUUGUUAUACAUCAAAGAAGUCACACAGGUGAGAAUCUAUUUCCAUGUUCUGAGUGUGGGAAAUGUUUUGCACACAAAUCAAGUCUUGUUACACAUCAGAGAAGUCACACAGGUGAGAAACCAUUUCCAUGUUCUGAGUGUGGGAAAUGUUUUACACUGAAAUCACAUCUUGUUAAACAUCAGAGAUGUCACACAGGUGAGAGGCCAUUUUCUUGCUCUGAGUGCGAGAAAUGUUUUAUCCAGAAAUCACAUCUUGUUAUACAUCAAAGAAGUCACACAGGUGAGAAUCUAUUUCCAUGUUCUGAGUGUGGGAAAUGUUUUGCACACAAAUCAAGUCUUGUUACACAUCAGAGAAGUCACACAGGUGAGAAACCAUUUCCAUGUUCUGAGUGUGGGAAAUGUUUUACAUACAAAUCAGUUCUUGUUAUACAUCAGCGAAGUCACAAAGGUGAGAGGCCAUUUCCAUGUUCUGAGUGUGGGAAAUGUUUUGCACAUAAAUCAGAUCUUGUUACACAUCGGAUAAGUCACUCAGGUGAGAAACCAUUUCCAUGUUCUGAGUGUGGGAAAUGUUUUACACUGAAAUCACAUCUUGUUAAACAUCAGAGAUGUCACACAGGUGAGAAACCAUUUCCAUGUUCUGAGUGUGCAAAAUGUUUUGCACAUAAAUCAGAUCUUGUUACACAUCGGAGAAGUCACACAGGUGAAAAACCAUUUUCAUGUUCUGAGUGUGCAAAAUGUUAUGCACAUAAAUCAGAUCUUGUUACACAUCGGAGAAGUCACACAGGUGAAAAACCAUUUUCAUGUUCUGAGUGUGCGAAAUGUUAUGCACAUAAAUCAGAUCUUGUUGCACAUCGGAGAAGUCACACAGGUGAGAAGCCAUUUUCAUGUUCUGAAUGUGGGAAAUGUUUUGCACAUAAAUCACAUCUUGUUACACAUCAGAGAAGUCACACAGGUGAGAAACCAUUUUCAUGUUCUGAUUGUGGAAAAUGUUUUACACAGCAAUCAAAUCUUGUUAUACAUCAGAAAAGUCACACAAGUGAGAAACCAUUUUCAUGUUCUGAAUGUGGGAAAUGUUUUACACUGAAAUCAGAACAUGUUACACAUCAGAGAAGUCACACAGGUGAGAAACCAUUUCCAUGUUCUGAGUGUGGGAAAUGUUUUGCACAUAAAUCAAAACUUGUUACACAUCAGAGAAGUCACACAGGUGAGAAACCAUUUUCAUGUUCUGAGUGUCGGAAAUGGUUUACACAGCAAUCAAAUCUGAUUACACAUCAGAGAAGUCACACAGGUGAGAAACCAUUUCCAUGUUCUGAGUGUGGAAAAUGUUUUACACUGAAAUCAAAUCUUGUUACACAUCAGAGAAGUCACACAAGUGAGAGGUCAUAUCCAUGCUCUGAGUUUGAGAAGUAAAUCAGCUCUGUUUCACACAAUAGACAUCACACAGGUGAGGAUCCUGUUUAUUCUCAUCACCAUUGCCAUGCAAUGUUCCUCAAGGUUCUUAUUCUAUGUCCUAUGCUUUUUGCUGCCACUGGGUGAAACAAUAAGACGUCAUGCUCUUGUCUACCA